CACUCUGACUGCUGUCUCCACCAUAACGGAGAAGGGGCGUUGGUACUUACCUGAGACGCACCUUCUAGUUCAGUGGAGACAGCAGUCAGCCCCUCCCUAUUUCGGUCUGGAUCCUCUUUUGUUUGUUUGUUUUGGAUAAUAAAAUUUGUUUCUCUAUUUUCCACGACGCAUUGAGUCUGGUUUUUCUCGCCUUCAUCAAAAUCUGGGGUUCCCAGCAGCAAGGGGCGGGACUUUCAGCUUCAACAGACUCAGUUAUCCAAUCUGAACAGAGGAGCUCCACCCACUCUGACUGCUGUCUCCACUGAACUAGAAGGUGCGUCUCAGUGGCAACAGAUGUCUUUAAUUCCAAAAGUUUGGCCAUUCAGGCCCAAAAGAAAAUUCUUUGCAAAAUGGCUUCCAAAUCAAUAGCAACUGCUCUGAUAGAUGAUACCAGCAGCGAUGUGUUGGAUGAACUCUACCGAGUGACAAAGGAAUACAUACAAAACAAGAAGGAAGCUGAGAAGAUAAUUAAAAAUCUCAUUAAGACUGUUAUCAAAUUAGCAGUUCUCCACCGGAAUAAUCAGUUUAAUCAGGAAGAGACCGUACUUAUGGAGAAGUUCAAAAAGAAGGUUCACCAGUUGGCUAAAACUGUGGUGAGCUUCUAUCAAGUGGACUAUACAUUUGACAGGAAUUUUUUAUCGAAACUGUUGAAUGAUUGUAGAGAUCUACUUCAUCAAAUAAUUCACCGUCAUCUGACUGCAAAAUCUCAUGGACGUGUCAACCAUGUGUUUGAUCAUUUCUCAGACUGUGAAUUUUUGGCUGCCUUAUACAAUCCAUUUGGAACUUACAAGACUCAUCUCCAGAGGCUUUGCGAUGGUGUCAACAAAAUGCUAGAUGAAGGCAAUAUUUAGUUGUAUCAUUAUCAGUUGGCUCAUAUAAUCAAAGGCUAAGUAUUGUUGAUAGUCUUAGGGAGCCAAUGAAAGAAUGAAGAAAGGCUUCAUAGUAUUGGUGGCAAAGAAGAAUUUAAUAUCAGUUGAAAAUUCUUCAGCAGAUUUAUUUAUUUAUUUGGAAUUAUCUUUUUGCUGUUUCAAUUUUUUUGAUAAUACUAUGCUUUAAAAUAUGGAUUUAUAAAGCCAUAAAAUAGGACUACUCAAAAUAAGUAGGAGUUCAUAAAAUAGGCAGGGAUAACGAAAUGUCAUAUUCUAAAAGUAUAAGAAUUUUAAUAAUUCACAAUUUACAGAUUGUGUCUAUGCAUACUUGCAGAACUGUGCUACCUAUGUUGAAUGAAGUUAAGACUGAACAGAUUUAACAAAACCUUUUUAAAUUCAUUUAAAUGUCCAUAAAUGUUUAAGUUACAUUGCCAUAAUUAUACUAUUGAAAAAUUUAAGUGGCUCUUUGAGGUCUAGAGCUUCAUUUUUUAAAAUGUUCAGGGCUUCCACUAGAAAAUAAUUUAAGUAGUGUGAAUUGCUAUUUCCAUCACUGUUCUAUCCCAUAUUAUAACAAGAGUCUUUAAGUUGCUGUCCUCUAGCUAUUCUUGCAAUAAGCUUCCCAGAAGGGACUGCAUUUCACAUAAAGUGCUUCUGAAAAGCCCUGAACUAAAUCUAUACUUCCAGGGCAAUAACACUGGGCUUCUUUUACGUGAACCUUUCUUUAAUCAGCUUUAUGGUUUGAUUUCUUUAUCUGUUCUGUUCUGUAAUAAUUUUGUAUUAUUUAUCAAUGUGUAUGUGUUUGACAAUCACUGAAAAUUUACAGACAUCCUCUACAUCCUAAACAUGCUUAAUAGCACCAUGUCAUAUAUAGUUAAAAGUAUAAUAGUUUCCGGUUAUAUUUUGUAGAAAAAUGUCCUUUCAGAUGCAAUUAUUCACGAAAGAUGAAACUGGAACAUGUGUGUCUUCUACAUGUACAUAUAAUCCUUAAUUUACAAACUCAAUUGGGAUGACAAUUUCCAUUCUAAAGCAAGGCAGUUGAGUGAAUCAUACCCAAUUUUGUGAACUUUUUUGCCACAGUUGUUAAGCAAAUCUAGCUUCAUGAUUUGCUUUUUUGAUGGCUGGCUGGGAAUGUCACAAAUGACAAUCACAUGAUCCCAGGCUGCUGCAACUAUUGUAAAUACAUGCUGGUUGCCAAGGGCCCGAAUUUAGAUCACUUGACCAUGGGGAUGCUGCAACGGUUGGUGUGUGAAAACCAGUUGUAAGUCAUUUUUUUCAAUGCUACUGUAAUUCCCAAUGGUUGCUAAACAAAUAAUUGUAAAUUGAGGAUUACCUGUAUGUACAUUUUUAGGACAAGGUUAGACAAUGUAGUGAUUCUUAGAAAAAGAUGUGGAUAGUAAUCUGGAUGUAGAAACUACAAGUCUGUGAACCAAAUUUGUAAUAUUUGUGUAUUUUGGUUUUAUUUGGAAAUCAAUGUAAGUGUCAUGUAGGUUGAAUAUAUAGCAAACAUUAGAAAAUAUAUUGCAGCAGCUUGAAUAAAUUUGUAUAAUCUUUGUACUGUUGAAAAAAUGCUGAACAUGUAAUGCUUUACACUUCAAGCAAGUGGUUGAUUUUUUUUACUUUGUCAGAUUUUUUUAUAUUUUCUGAGUAAACUGAAGAACAUUUGCACUCUU